AGGAGAGAGAGUCAGGAGAUGAACGAUCAACUUGGAAUAAACAGCAUGGAAUGUAAGCAGCGGUUGAAAUGGUUAAUACUUGCAAUGAUAUGUCCAGUUAUUGCAGGUGCUCCGUCCUCCAUGUCCAAACGAGACAGUUCAUGUCCCAAAGAGAAUCUAAACAUUAAAGGAGGGACCUUUGUUCUUUCUAAAGGCUAUUCACAUGGGAGUCUUCUAAGAUACAUCUGUCCGAAUGGAUAUUACCCAUCAGUUCAGUCACGUAUGUGUCAAGAAGGACACUGGACCUCAAAGAUCAAAACCAGAAAAACCCCAGAGUGCAAAAAGAUCACAUGUCCAAAUCCCUGUGUUUUCGAGAAUGGAGAGGUGAUUCCAUAUAAAGAAAAGUACUAUGUAAAUGACACAACCACCUAUUCAUGUCAUUCCGAUUAUACAUUUCGUGGCUCAGCGGACCGUGUUUGCAAGCCUAAUGGGAAGUGGAGUGGAAGCACACCAGUUUGUGGACGUGACUCUGAUCACUGUCCUGAUCCUGGUGUUCCCCCGGGUAGCAGUCGAACAGGGAACAUGUUUAAUAUAGAUGACAAAGUCACGUACCGCUGUCAGAGUCCAAUGACCUUGAUUGGUUCCAAAGUGCGAGUGUGUCUGGAUGGAGGCCAGUGGUCAGGAACAGAGCCACAAUGUUACGCUCAUUACACAUAUGACACCCCAGAGGAAGCAUCAGAAGCUUUCAGCAGUUCUCUUAAGUCAAAUCUAGCAGUUUCUCAACAGUAUGAAAAAGAAGAUCAGCAGGGGAAGAAAAUAACUAUGAAUCAGGGUGGAAAACUUGAUAUUUACAUUGCGGUGGAUGCAUCUGAAAGCAUAGAUAAGAAGGAUUUUGAAAACGCAAAAACCACCAUUAAAAUGCUUAUAGACAAGAUUAGUUAUUACCCGGUCUCCCCAAACUAUGAGAUCCUGAUGUUUGCUACAGAUGUUACGCGGAUAACCUCUAUGAGGGACUUCAAAAAUAAUGAAGAUGCGAGAAACCUAAUGAAUAUUUUUAAAGAUCUGGACGACUUCAAUUAUGAGCGUGUAGGUGUAAAAACAGGUACCAAUAUCGCCAAAGCCUAUACAGCCAUUUUAGAGAGCAUUAAACUAGAGGAGCUCAACAAUGCAGCGACCUUCAAUGAGACCCAACACAUCGUCAUACUGUUCACUGAUGGUCAGGCAAACAUGGGGGGGAAUCCCAGACCUAAAGUGGAACAGAUCAAACAUCUUGUGACUAAAAAUCAUCCAAACAGAGAGAAGAAUCUUGAUCUUUAUGUAUUUGGAGUUGGAGAUGACGUGAAUCAAGAAGACAUAAAUGGCUUAGUGUCACAGAGGGACCAAGAAAAAUACUUCUUUAAGCUUAAAGACCUGACAGAGGUGCAGAAGAUGUUUGACGACAUGAUUGACGAGAGCACCAGUGUAGGAUUGUGUGGGAUUGUGUGGGAAGGCUUGGAAAAUAAACGCCGUGCAUUUCCCUGGUUGGCACAGAUUAAUAUUCAACAUCCUUCUGCAUCUAAAGGUUCCAAUUGCAUGGGUUCAUUAGUUUCCUCAAGUUACAUCUUGACAGCGGCUCACUGCUUCAAAGAGGGAGACACACCUGAUAAGAUAAUAGUUAAACUGGAAAAAGACCUGGUUGUAAAAGUGAAAAAUUUCACACUUCAUCCUAAAUAUAAACCCAAAGCAAAACAGCAUAUUGGAAUACAGGAAUGUUACGAAUUUGAUGUAGCUCUUAUACAGCUGGAAAAAGCUGUUGAGAUGAGUUUUAAUUUACGACCAAUCUGCAUCCCAUGCACUAAAGAAACCAAUGGAGCUCUGAAACUUUCAGAAAGUGAAGGGACUUGCAGAAAACAUGAGGAAAUACUAAUGAACAACGAGCUUGUGGAAGCUGCUUUCACAUCUGAUAUGGAUAAUGAUAAUAGUCCAAAAUACAUAAAAAACAUCAUGAUCAAGCUUGGAAAAUAUCGGGAUGCUUGUGUUGAAGACGCAAAAAAAGCAAAAGGAAUCAACGUGAAAAAUGCCAGGGAAGUAGUUACAGACAAUUUUCUGUGCAGUGGUGGUAAUGAACCAAAAACAGAUGACGUUGCCUGCAAAGGAGAUUCAGGUGGGGCCACUUAUGUGAAUAAAAAAGGUCGAGUGAUUCAGGUUGGUGUCGUAAGCUGGGGAGUGAAGGAUGUCUGCAAGGAAAAAAGGAGCUUCAUUUCGGAUGCAGACUCCAGAGAUUACCAUUCAAAUCUUUUCAGUGAAGAGAUACGCUCAUUCCUUAAAGAACACCUAGAAAAAGAUCGCAUAGGACAACCUCUUACAUUCUUGUGAAUGCUUAAGCAGACUGAAACUGUGUGACAGCAGUAUGAUAAAACACUGGUUUAUUUUUCUGAUGAAUAUAUUCAACCAGUCAAAGUCAAAUAGCUGGUCUUUGAUAAAAAUAAUAAAAAUGUUAAACAUG